AUGAGUCUUAAAACAUACACAAGAGAAGAAGUAAAGCGCCAUGCUUCGGAAGACGAUCUUUGGAUCGUUAUCGACUCUAGUGUAUACGAUAUGAGCACCUUUGUUGAUCUGCAUCCAGGCGGGGCAUUUCCUAUCAUCGAAUUAGCUGGCAAAGAUGCCACAGAUGCAUUUUAUGGGCUUCAUCGACAAGAAGUUCUUGUUAAAUAUGCUCGCUACAAAAUAGGCCGUAUUGAAGGUGAAAAACCUCAGAUUGACUUUUAUGAAGAGGGUAGUCUUUCAAAGGUUCCGUAUGCUGAGCCUAGUGCUUGGAUGGGGUUCAAAUCCGCUUACUUCAAUCAAUCACACUUUGACUUCCGUUCGGCUGUCAGAAAAAUUUGCGAUUCCUUAGCUACCGAAGCCAGGGAAUUCGAAGACGCCGGCAGCAAGCCUUCUGACGAAUUCAUGAAAAAAUUGGGCGAUCAUCAUUUAUUGGCUUGCAAUAUCGGUCCUGGACCUUGGUUGCACGGUUUAACACUACCGGGAGGUGUUAAAGGUGAAGAUUUUGAUUAUUUUCAUGAGAUGAUCGUUCAUGAGGAGUUUGCUCGCUGGAAAGUUCGUGGCUUUGAUGAUGGCGUCAUUGGUGGUAUGGUCAUUUCGGCGCCUACUAUUCUAAACUUUGGUUCACCUACGUUAAAGCAAAAGAUUAUCCCAGAGGUCUUUGCUGGUAAAAAACGAAUUUGUCUUGCUAUUAGCGAACCCUAUGCUGGCUCUGAUGUUGCACGUAUCAGAACUACUGCUAAGCGUACUCCCGAUGGCAAGCACUUUAUUGUCAAUGGUGUUAAGAAGUGGAUUACUGGCGGUUGUUGGGCUGAUUACUUUUCUGUCGCUGUUCAAACAGAAAAGGGUAUGUCAAUGCUUUUAAUCGAACGUAGUGAGGGUGUGGAAACCAAACCUAUCAAAACCUCUUAUUCUCCAAGUGCGGGUACUGCUUAUGUUACUUUUGAAAAUGUUCUAGUACCUGUUGAAAAUUUGUUGGGCAGAGAAGAUAAAGGUUUCUUGGUUGUUCUCUCCAAUUUCAACCAUGAGCGUUGGGUUAUGCUUACAGGCGCCAGUAUGGCGGCUCGGCUAGCCGUUGAAGAAUGCUUCAAAUGGGCAAAUCAACGAAAAGUAUUCGGCAAGCGGCUCAUUGACCAACCAGUAAUUCGUUUCAAAUUGGCAAAAAUGAUUGCUGAGGUCGAAAGUGUUCAUAGUUGGGUUGAAAAUAUCACAUAUCAAAUGACGCAUAUGAGUUAUGAUGAGCAAUCUGAAAAACUAGCAGGUCCUAUUGCCUUAUGUAAAUACCAUAUCACCCGCGUUUUGCAUCACGUAUCUGACGAUGCUUGCCAAAUCUUUGGUGGUCGUGCCAUCACAAAGAGUGGUAUGGGUAGAACAAUAGAAACACUUCAAAGAACAUACAAGUUCUCCGCCAUUUUGGGUGGAUCUGAAGAGAUCAUGGCUGAUCUCGGUGUUCGUCAAGCCAUGAAGUAUUACCCUUCCGGAGCAAGACUUUAA